UGCACUUUUAAACAUAAUCACACCUAUAUUAUAAUGAGCAGCUCUAUGGAUAUCGAUGCGAAAGCCAAAUCUGAAGGCUAUGUGUUACCAUGGGUCGAAAAGUACAGACCAGUUUAUCUCAAAGAUAUCGUGGGCAAUGAAGACACUGUUUCACGAUUACAGACCAUUGCACGCGACGGCAAUUUGCCUAACAUUAUCUUGACGGGUCUGCCUGGUAUUGGUAAAACAACGAGCAUUCUAUGCUUAGCCCAUGAAUUGCUGGGCAGUGCUUACAAGGAAGCCGUUUUGGAAUUAAACGCCUCGGACGAUAGAGGCAUUGACGUUGUUCGAAACCGUAUUAAAGCGUUUGCACAAAAAAAAGUAACAUUGCCUCCUGGACGUCACAAAAUCAUUAUUUUGGACGAAGCCGACAGUAUGACAGGCGGUGCACAACAGGCACUUCGUCGCACGAUGGAAAUCUAUUCGAGCACCACACGAUUCGCGCUGGCGUGUAAUCAGUCCAACAAAAUCAUUGAACCUAUCCAGUCGCGAUGUGCCGUUUUACGAUAUGCACGACUCAGCGACAGUCAACUGCUCCAUCGUCUCAUCCAAAUCUGCGAGAAAGAAAAUGUGCCUUACAAUGACGGCGGCUUGGAAGCGCUUAUAUUCACGGCCGACGGUGAUAUGCGUCAGGCCAUCAACAAUCUACAAUCUACCUUUUACGGUUUCAAAUAUGUCAGCGCAGACAAUGUGUUCAAAAUUUGUGACCAGCCUCAUCCUGUCGUGAUUCAAAAUAUUCUGCAAAACUGUGCCGACGGCCGAGUGGAUUCGGCGGUGAAUACCAUGAAGGAACUCUACGAUUUGGGUUACUCUGCGUUAGAUAUCAUUACCACCAUCUUUCGCGUGGUGAAAAACUAUGUGCAACUGGACGAGCAGCUCCGGCUAGAUUUCUUAAAGGAAAUCGGCUUCACACACAUGCGCAUUAUCGACGGUCAUCAAAGCUUAGUACAAUUAUCGGGGCUUGUUGCCAAAUUAUGCAAAGUCUCUAUGAAACCCCAUCAGCAAGCAUAGCUCUACAUUCUCUAUUCAUUUUACAGUUGGAUUGAAAGAAAAUUCAGCGAUUCUCUUUCAUUAAAUCUUUCAGCGGGUUUGCAGACAUUUUUUUGACCCCACUUUCA